AUGGCGACAAAGGUGGUGUUAUGCCUGUGCGUUCUAUGGGCCUCAGUCGAAGCCAACAACUACGACGCGUACCUGGCUGACCUGAGCCUCCGCAAUCAGGAGACGCACGAGCUCUUCCGUCGUCACAACCCCAGCGGAUCUUUUGUUCUGGACUACGUUCUUUCUUCGCCCGAAUUCCGCAAAACCCACCCAGUUCUCCUUGAAUAUGAUAAUGAAGAAGAAAUUGAAGAUUCGGACGUCGAUGAGGCAUGGGAACACCUUCUUAUGAGCCUUGCCUUCGCUGAGGACACUGCACGAAACCACGACGUCGAAAUGGCCACCAAGCGUUUCCAAUCAUCUGAAGCCCCUUGGGCGAAUUGGCAACUCCAGUUAAACCGCACAUCUCCACGUGCACGCGCCUAUCCAGCUUAUCCAGGAAGCGAAUUCGCACCGCAAGACCACAACUGGGGCACCCAUCGUGUUUCCGGUGGAUCCUCGGAGGUCGGUAGUUGGAUAAACUAUGCAGUAUACGGUGCACAAGCUCAGGAAGACGAGGAUGACGAGGAAGACGAAGGUGAGGCAGUGAUGUCACCGGUCCUGGCUGCGAAAUCCGGGGUUAAGCUAGACCAAUUGCCAGCAUAUUGUGACCCGCCUAAUCCAUGUCCGAUUGGAUACGACCCAGCCACUCUGGCCACGCCGUGUGACAGGGACGUUGAGGAUACAAAACAAUUCAAUAGACACUGGAUCUGGCAAAAGAUGCGGAGUGGAGAGUGCUCAUGCGACGAGGAGCACAUGGAAGCCUGCCCCACUGAUAAGCCCCAAAGCGAAGACGACUUUGAAGAACUUCGCGAGAAUCACCGACCAGGAGGAAUACCUUACCUCCGAGGUCGACAGCGAACAAACAUAGCGGCAAAGAAGAGCGGCAGACGGCCUGCAGGGCGCCACGUUGCAUUGGGCCCUAAGGUAAAAGUUCACUAUCAACCGUCACCAGUUAGAGCACACUCUCAUUCAGUAAGAAACCAGGCCUGGCACAAGUUAACAGAUUAA